CUGCAACAGUUGGAGGAGUUGCGGAGAUGAUAGCGUCAGUAGCUGUCGUCGAAAAAUAGGAAUUACGAGGGAAGUGUCGUGCAAAUUGGACAGCAACGUUCACUACGGGUAUAAUUGGUAAAAAUGUUAUUUAGUCCGACGUCGUUAGCAGAAUGUCUUCAGGAGUGGGAGACUUUAGAAAAGGACUAUCAACAGGUCCAGGAGACCCAUCGACUGUACAAACAGAAGUUGGAGGAAGUCUCCAAGCUGCAGGACAGCUGCGCUGCUUCCAUCUCUCGGCAGAGGAAGAAACUAAAGGACCUCUCUGCAUCACUAAAAGAGUGCGGACAAGCCGUGAAUCCAGAUGAUUUGAAAGCGAUAGAAGAAAUCCGGGAGUCCAUGAAGGAAAGGCCAAGCAUCUUCUUUGAGAUGGAGGCUUUCCUUCCGAAGAAGAAUGGGUUGUAUCUCAGUCUCGUUCUGGGAAGUGUGAACGUGACGCUUCUCAACAAGCACGCCAAGUUUGCCUACAAAGACGAGUACGAGAAGUUCAAGCUGUGUCUCACAAUUCUGCUCCUGCUGUCCUCCUUCUCCUGUCGAUUUCUGGUCACCUACAGGGCCGUGGACGCGCUUUUUAACUUCCUGCUGGUGUGGUACUACUGCACGCUGACGAUCCGGGAGAGCAUCCUCAUCAACAACGGCUCCAGGAUAAAGGGCUGGUGGGUGGCCCAUCACUAUAUCUUUACAUUCCUGUCUGGAGUCAUGCUGACCUGGCCUGAAGGCAAACUCUACCAGAUGUUCAGGAACCAGUUCCUCACAUACUAUUUAUACCAAAGCUUUGUUCAGUUUCUCCAGUACUAUUAUCAGAGUGGCUGUCUGUAUAGGCUUCGAGCACUAGGAGAAAGACACAACAUGGACCUGACAGUUGAGGGCUUUCAGUCCUGGAUGUGGCGGGGCCUGACAUUUCUACUGCCCUUCCUCUUCUUCGGUCAUUUCUGGCAGCUAUACAAUGGCGUGACUCUCUUCAGGAUGUCUCAGCUUCCAGAAUGCAAAGAGUGGCAGGUGCUCAUGUGCGGAGCCACGUUCUUGGCGUUAUUCAUGGGGAACUUCUCCACCACGCUGGCUGUGGUCUACCAGAAGUACAAGCACAACCGGGGGAAGGCCAAGAGCCUGUAAGCAGAGGCCAUCUGCACACAGCGGAGAUCCAGAGUGCCCUGAAAAAGCCAGGUUUCUUGUUGUUUUGUUUUCAUCGAUGUAUUUUUUUUAUAUAUCAAGAUUUUUGUUCAGACGUUUGAGAAACCAUUGCAUGAACAGUCCGCGCAUCACUGUCGCGCCAACGUUGUUAUUAUUGGUUUUUUUUUGUUUAUUGCUUUUGAAUUAUCUGUAUAUUUUUGUUUCAACUUGGAACAAGAAGUAACCUGCUGCGUACAGCAACGUGAUCGUGUCCACAGGACUACGGGAUUUUUAAAUUUUGAUUGAACGCGUUUUUCACUUUCAUAUCCACACAACAAAAGGGAUCCUUCUACUCACUCCGUUAUCCAAGCCACAGAUAGUGCCAGGCACUGCAGUUUUGUAGUUUUAUGUGUGAGUCAAAGGUAAGGGGACAGUACAGCUCAUGCUCUUUCUGAAAACACCGGGUGAAUUCAUGCCACUGCAACACUCCUCAUAUAAAUUAGCACUCUGCAUAUUCCGAUGUGGAAGCUGAAAUUGUACACUGAACCACUACAGAAUACUUUGACGUACUUGCGUGUGUUUUGAUGUCUUGAUGUGUUUGAUAGCUGUGUAUGGGGCAGUGAAUGUUGGAUCAGCCACAUCACACAAUUACACAGUUAUGUUAUUACAAAGAUUAUGCAAAAGUAGACAUUUUGAUCUAGAGUGUGGGUUUAAAAAAAAAUCAAUACAUGUUAUUUAUUAAUGGCAAGUUUAUGUCAGAGGUAUGGCUGGCUUGUUGAGUGAUAAAAUUAUGAAAGUGAAGUUGUGGGUAUGUUCUAUAAUCAUGAUGUGUUUAUUUCAACAUAUCAAAAUGCCACUGCACACUCCGCACAGUAAAAAUCAUGUGACCUGUCAUCACGUGAGAAUUUGUCAGGUUUAUUCAGGCCUGUGAAGGGUACGAUUUAAUCAGACAUUUUGGACCAGGGGUCCCCACCAUGCCUAUGGAGAGCUGCUGGGUCUGUUGGAUUUUUAAUUUUUUAAAAUAAUAUUAUAAUUUUUUAUGAACCUUUAUUACACCAGAGAGACCAUGGCCUCUCUUACAAUGGGCCUGUGAUACUCAGCUGGAAAGACAGCUAAUAAAACACAAAAAUGUGCCUGUGAUGCAGAAUAUUAAAUAGUCAAAGGCACAGCCAGCUUGUACUGGUGUACAGCUGAUCUUUUGGAACCAAGAUGUCUACCAUUAAAAUAUUCUGGAGGUCAAAUUGCCAAAUGCAGUUUUUUUCCAAUUCAGAGUAGACAGACACAAGAACUUCUAGAAGUAAUCUACCCUGGGAGCGUGUCUGAGAGAUGCCACUGCCUCAGAUGAGUGACGUAAGACAAACGGGGAGUUUCAGAAGACCUCCUUCAUAAAACAAAAGCCAAUGCGUUAAGGUUUUUCGCCUUAAAAUCAGGUUCAAACCAAAGAGACUAGGUAAUGUGAGUUCUCUGCUUAAUAAAUCGCUUUAAUUUAUCAAUUAAGCGCUGAGCAACAACAAAAAACCAGCAGACCCGUUCGUAUCCAGGACCAGGUCUGGGGACCCCUUUUGUAGACAAUCACAUCAGUGUUCUACACAAUGUUCUCCACCCUAGUCUUGUCUUUGCAACGUAGUGUCUUUGCUGGUUCUUCAUCCAGUUGCUGUUAACGAAUUGGGCUUGUCAAAACUGUUAAUUUACGUACUACCCACAUUUAAUGUCUCCUAAGAGCAAGUUGGCUUUAGUUCUUCUUUCAAAUAAACAUUUGAAGGGAUUUGUUAUAUGUAUUAUUGUUAUUGUCUACCCCUUACACAAAUUCGGGGCAUCGAUCUCAACAAUAAACUUUUAUGCCUUACGGA